AUGGAAGUUCAUCAAUCGACGUCAACAACAUCGCAAGCGGCAACAUCACAAUCACAUGGUGUCACCUUUCCUUAUAUUUCGGAUUUUUUGCCGCGUGUUGUUUUAGCCACAUCAGAUUACGGUGGAUCGGAAUGUGCUGAUUUGUCGAUUAACACAAAUUCCACUUCGGAUUUGUCCGAUGAAUCGGCGUGUUUUAUUCCAGCUAGUUUGAAAAAUAAUGGGGUUGAUGAUGAAUUUAUCUAUAGUCCGACACCUGAUGUUUAUAAAAUCAAGGUUCGUUUUUGGCAUUGCUAAAAGUGCAUUUCUUCAGGAUCCUUGGGAUCGCAAACUAAUGUUUUCAUAAAAUUUGUGAAAAAAAUCUUUCUGAAAAUGUUGAGUUUUUGUUUCUCGUGAGAAAAUUUCCAUAUAGAAAUUUGAGAAUUAAAAAUUCUGACCCGAAAAAUUAGAAUUUCUGUUUUUUUUAAAUAUUUAAUAGAGACUUUAUGAUUUUGAAAAAAAAAUUUCCAGCAUGAUUUUUCAGUCAAACUGAUUCCUGAUUUCAGAUAACUUUCAAAAACUUUUCAGAGGUUUUUGGAAAAACCUUCAAUUUUUCCAUGAGUUUGAAAUCAACUAACCAAAAAAUUUCUUCUAAAUAUCAAUACUCUCUUUUCAUUUAUAUUUUUCAGGUCGAGAGCUCAAUCGACAAUUGUACAAAUUGCAAUCUCCCAAUUCACGAGCGAACACUUCUAAAUGUUGAUGGCCGGUGAGUUACCCCAAUUUUUUUUCAUUAUAUUCCCAAGAAAUUUCAGAUUUUGGCACGAUCAAUGUCUCACAUGUACAUCGUGUUCAGUAAAUUUGAGCACAAUGCCAACAUGUUAUUAUAAAGACUCGAAAUUCUACUGUAAGCCAUGCUAUGGGAGGUCAGUUUAAUUGAAAAUUAGCUAAAUUUUCUUGAGUCUCUAGAGAAAAAAUUUGGAAAAACAGGAUUGGUCUCUGAAUAGGGAAAAUAUAUACUGUAUUUUUUAAUGAGCAUAACAUUCGCGCACACAUCUGUCACCUGAGCAUUAGAAAAAAUGAUUGCAUAAUCCUCUCCUACCGUAAUCCUUCCUCCUUUUCUCGUUUUUCUCCACUUCCUAAUAAUAAUAUACCCGUCCGUCUAUUAUCAGAUUUACCCAUGUAAUAUAAUAUGGUGUGUAUUUUGUUGGGGGGUUUGGGUUUAAAUUGAAUCAUAAUCAUAAUAUCCAAACUGAUGCUAAAGGGAAGCAGAAAGGAAAAACGAGAAGAAGAAGAAGAAGACCAGAUUCAAUUUUGGUGGAAUAGGAGAGAUGUGUGUGGAGAAAGAUGCGUUUUUUUUGUCUUUCCAGAAGGAAAAAGGAAAUUUGAAGAACACACACGUUUCCUAAAUUCGUUUAUUCCGUGUAACAGCAACACAAAGCAUAUAAAGAAUAACUUUGUUAGUGUUUCAUUUAUUGAUUUCUUUUGCACUGGUUUCUGGAAUUUUUGAAAAAAAAAUUAAAAAGUUUGCUCAUUUAGCCGCUAUUCAUUUAUGAAAAAACAAAUUCUAAAGGGUUUGCAAUGACGACUAGUUAGAAACCUGUGUUGCUAAAAAUUACGAGGAAAAACAAAAAUUACUUUUGAAUUUUGUAGAGUUUUCCGGACGAAUUGAAUUUGACCUACCAAAUGUUUAUAGUUUGAGCCCAAAAUAUAGUGUGUAAAACUAGAAAUUCAGAGAGUAGAUCAAAAAAUCCCACUCAGAAGUUUUACAGCUUUUUUAUAAUUUUAAGAUUUUUAAAAAAAGUUUUUUUUUCAAAACGAACGCUCAUAAAAAAAUUUCUCGACGCGUUCUCCAUAAAUCACUUCAAACCCUUCACUAAUUAUCCUCAGCGCCAUCACUGUUGCUCUUUUUUCCGAUUCCCGCGCGCGGUGCCGCGUGUCAAUCACCCCGUGUAACCGAACAUGCCAAUAAAUCAAAAGCAACCAACUUUGUUUUCUUUUCACACUUUUAUAAUGAACCCUUUUUUAUGGAAGAAGGGAAAUUGACAGAUGGAACGACGGAAAACUGAGAAGUACAAAUAGCAACAUGUUCUUUUUCGGCUCUUUUUUUCAUGGACCUAAUAACAAUUAGAUAAAACAACGCACUUGAGAUAUUGAGAUACAAUAGAGGGAAGAAACAAGCUAAUGACUACUGUAUAAAUGAAAACGGAAUGAGAAGGAACAAUAAAAAAGAAAAAAAGAAAACCGAUGAUUUUUAGUUUCAGACAAUUUGGCACCAAAUGCGCGGGGUGCGAUCGAGUUAUCCAAUCAACAGAUUGGGUAAGAAGAGCAAGAUCACUAGUAUUCCACCUUGCUUGUUUCGCAUGUAAUCAAUGUAAAAGGUAAGAAGCUAAAACCUACCGAAUAGAUUUUAUUAGUAAAUUAAAAGUUGCAGACAAUUGAGCACCGGCGAAGAAUAUGCACUUCAAGAAGGCAAACUAUUAUGUAAACAGCAUUUUGUUGAAUUGGUUGAGGGUGAGACGGGAAUUGCUCAUCAGAAAGCAAAGACGAAACGAGUUCGCACAACUUUUGCCGAAGAGCAAUUGAGUGUUCUGCAGGUGAGAGCUGAUUUUUCUUCUAAAAUUUCCAUCAGUUACAGCGAUGAAUUUCAAAUUUGAUAUUUUAGGCGCAUUUUCAAGUUGAUUCAAAUCCUGAUGGUGCAGAUUUGGAGAGGAUUGCGAAUAUGACCGGAUUGAGCAAACGAGUCACCCAAGUUUGGUUCCAGGUAAUUUUUUCUGAAAAACAUUCACGGUUUUCGAUAGUUCUAGAACUCUAAUUAUAUCAUCAUCUACAAUUUCUCACAAAAUUAAUGUUUCAGAACUCUCGAGCUCGCCAGAAAAAAUAUCAAGGUGGUCGAAAGGGAGGAUCUGGCGAAGAGACAGAAGGCAGCCGGCGAUCUUCAGUCGGACCACUGAGUCCUGGACAGAAAUCAGAUGCUAGUAAUGACAUGAUCUAUCCAACAUCAGUGACAACAAGGUAAUACUCAUAAAUCAUAAGAACGAUUAAUGUAAUAUUUGAUUUGCAGUGCGGAAGAUGCGAUGACGGAUUCGGCAAUGUAUGAUUGA